AUGGCUAGGUUUGAUGCUGCUAAAGCAAUAUUUUCUCAAGUAGAUGCAAAUAGUGAUGGAAGAAUUGAUCCACAGGAAUUUCGUAGUUGGGCUUCCAACAGUAAUGCUGCAGGAGGUUUAGGUUCUGCAGCAUAUGAAUCAUCUUCAUUUCAAUCAUCAUUGGGUGGAUUAGAUGCAUCAGCCGGUCUUGCUUUCAACAGUGGUGCUAGUUUAGCUGAGCUUGGAGGAAGUAGUGCAUACGAAGCAGGAUAUAGUUCAGAAAGUGGUUUUGAAUCUGCUGGUGGUUUUGCCGCUGGUGGCGGCUUUGGUGUAGGUGGUGGCCUUGCCGUUGGUGGAGCCGAUAGUUCAUUCGCAGCAUCAUCAUCAGGUGAACUUAUUCAAGCAGGUGGUGCAGGUCUUGAAUCAAGUAGUGUACAGCAAACUACUCAAUAUGCUUCAGCUGGUGGUAUUUAUAAUGAUCCUAAUCCACAAAUAAUUCGACGAGCAGCAGCUGGUGGAGUAGUAACUUAUAAACAAAAUAUUGUUGUUCGAUUUCUUCAACCGCCACCUGUUCCACCACCAGGCCCACUUAUUAUUAAAGAAGUUCGUCCGCCUCAACCACCACCACCACCACCACUUGUUGUACGUCAACGUGCACCACCUCUUCCUCCACCACCUCCACUUAUUUUACGUGAACGUCCUCCAGUACCACCUGCACCUAUUGCUAGUCAAACAGUUAUUCGUCGUUUGGCUGCUUUACCUCUUCCACCACGAUCGGUCAUCAUCGAACGUCUUCCACCUCUACCACCAAAACCACGUGAUAUCAUUAUUGAACGAUGGAUUCCAUAUGGACCUCAAACUAAACGUCGUGUCAUUGUUCAACGUGCUGCUGCUGUUAAAGAAUAUCCAAAACCACGUAAUAUUAUCAUUGUAUAUGAUGCUGUUCAAGCACGUGUUGUACGACAAUUUCAACGACUUGGUGUUGUACAAGAAAGUCCACAAGCUUAUGUUACUCGUUAUGGUGGAUCACUUUUAGAUGCAGCAGCACUUCUUCAACAAGCUCGUGCCGCUGGUGUUGUUGAAGAUAUUUCAUCUCCAGCAUUAGCUGUGGGAUCUGCACAAUUCGCUGCAUCGGCUUAUGGUGCUGAUGCUGGUUUAGAUUAUUCAGGUGCAUCAUUCAGCCAAAGCGCAUCAUUUAGUCAAGAUGCUUCUGCAGCAGGAGGCGAUCUUCCUGGUCUUGAAGGACUUGAAGUAAUUGGUGGUGCUGAAGCUGGUACAUACGGUUUAAGAGUUGCUAGUGAUGCUGUUAGUGGAGGAUACGGAUCUCAAUAUUAUUCAUCAUCAUCAGGUUAUGGUGGUGAAGGAGGUUUCAUUGGUGGUGCUGGAGGUUUGGCUGGUGGCGCUGGAUUUGAUGUAGCUGCUGCUACUUUUGCUUCUGCAGAUACUAACCGUGAUGGCACAUUAGAUCAAGCUGAAUUUCAACGUUUUGUUCAAGGCGGUCUUUAA